GGUAUGACAUAUAAGCGUCCGCUCAGCGCGCUUUCGCGCAGAUUACAUCAGCGCGUGGCACGAAGUGCUGCUAGUCGACUCUCUUUUUUCCUUGUCGUACGCAUCAGGAAACUAACAUGCCGGAGGCCAUUGCCGAGGUACCGCCCCUUCAAGGCGUGCAGUCCAACUUUGUAACUCGCAUAAGCGAACUGCCCGCCGUCACAAGUCUGUGGGAAACCGCAGCACAGUCGUACGCUCGGGCGAAAGCCAACCCGGGCCUGUUGGCGUAUGCGAUCGGCACCGCCGAGAAAUCGGCGGCAGUAGCCUUCGCCACAAGCAAGCCCGUUGUGGACAAGUUGGCUACACCGAUCAGCAUCGUCGACUGUUUGGCCUGCAAGGGGCUCGACAAGCUCGAAGAGGUCUACCCUGACGUCAAAAAGAAGGCACCCGAUCAGAUAGUGACUGACGCCGUCGAGUACGGGCGCAAGAAGUAUGACGAUGUCAAGGAUUACGGCAUGUCUCGGAUCAACAACAUCAAAAAUGUGUCUGCUGGUACGGUUCACAUGGUGGCACAUCCUGUGGAGACUAUCUCGCAGUGCCAGAGCCAAAUCUUGGGCUAUGCCAAGCAAGCUCUUGUUGCUACUGAAGCUACAUUGGACCAGCACAUUGCAUCCCUUGGGAUUGACAUGAAGAAAGAAGGGAACGAGACCAUGCCUCCAGAAGAUGUGGCUCUUCUGGCCCGGCUGGACAGCAUCUCGCGCAAGGCAACGACAUGCGCCUCGCGCCAUGCUGCCCUGCAGCUCAGUGUGCUGCAGCGGUAUGCUGGCGACUCCCUCUCUCGGUUCCAGGUGGCUCUGCAGCUAAUCCAGAGCAUGAAGCAGAAUCUGGCUGCCAGCACCAACCAGUCGUUCCAGGAGACCCUGGCACGCAUGAGCCUCCAUUCAGCCUGGCUACAGGGACUCCUGAGCGAGCCUACCGAUGAGGCCCAGGUGAAGAAUGUACAAGCCAUGGUGCUUGCUGUUGCUCGAGGUGCACUGGGUGCCACCAGCCGUGCCCUGGAGCACCCUGCAGUCCUGGUUCGCGGCAUGUCCUCCCAGUUGCAGGAGUCCUACAGUCGGCUGCUCAGCUCGAUGUCAGACAUGCUGCAGACCCUGACGGGCGUUGCCAACAUCAGCGAGCUGACUACAGCCACUCUCAACAACCUUUACCUGCAGUCCAUCCGGCUCGAGUAUUCGGUUCGCCUGUUCACCCAGCAGGCACUGGAGUGGCUGAUUACACUUCCUGUAGUGGAACGCCUCCUGCCGACGCCUACAGAGAUGACAACGUUUGGCUCGGACUCGACGAGAACAGUUGGAUCGUCUGAAGAAGACUCCUCUGCUGAUGAAUCCUUGUAGCCCCACUUUUAUUUGGUUCUAUAUAUGUAUUGAGCAAAGCUUGUACACUGGGAUGCACCUCUGGCAUUGAAGGAGCUAGAUGCACAUUUUAGUUAAUAUGUAACCACAUAAGAGACAGAAUUUCGUCAGCGAGCUGCAUUCAAGCUCGGAGACAUCCCACAUGUAUACUGCCACAUAAAUAAAGGUUUUUUACAUGGCAA